AUGUAUAUUGAAAAGUAGGAAGAUCUCAUUUUAAAAUGUUCCAAAGAAAUUGAUAACUUAAAUGAUGAAUUAUUAAUCUAAAAUGUGAUUAAUAUCACUUAAGAAGAAUAUAUGGAAAUUUAAAAAAAAAAUAAAGAUAAUGGAUAAAAAACAUUCUGUGGCAAUCCUAUAUUAGAUUUACAAUUGUUUUACUAAUGCUUUGAUUGCAGUUAAGAUACUAGUCAUAUUAUAUGUAAAGAAUGUUUUGUUCCAUAAAAUCAUAAAAGUUAAUUAUAUUUAAAUUUUAGAUCAUAAUGUAUAAAUUUAAGUUUCAUCGUAAGGAUUUUGUGACUGUGGUGAUACUUAGAUGUUUAAUAAAAAAUAAAUAUGCCCAAAACAUUAUUAGAUUGAUUUAAAAUUUGAUAAAGAAUUGAUAGAAAGUAUUAAAAUUUAUUAAUAUUAGACAAUAUAAUUUUUAAUAAAUAUGAAGAAUUUUUAAUGACAGCUUUCAGAUUAUUAUUGAAAAAAAUGGAGUAUGUUAAAGAUUACCCUUAUGAUUUAUUGGAAAAUAUUUAAGUUAUAAUCUAAAAUUUAAAAGAAGAUAGUUUGGAAAGGUAUUUUAAUUCCCAUAAAAUUUAUUUUAUGACUAUUAUUGAGUCUAUUAACGAAACAAAACUAAUUCAUAAUUUAAUAUUCAAAUGCUUAGAAAUAAUAACAAAUGAUAAUAUAGUAUGGAGUUAUUUAACUGGUAAAGUUUUAAGUCAGGAAUUUAAAAAUUCAUUUAACUAAAAUACAACUAGUCUAUUGGAAUAAUAUAUUUAAUAUAAUACCUAUUUAGCAAAAUCAAUUUAGUUAGAAAAAGAUAUUUCAAAAUUUUAUCCUUUUUUAUUUUAGAAUGAUGAAUUUCGAACAUAUCUCUAAAGGACUGUUAUAAAAAACUUUAAAAAUUUACAUCUCGUUGUACAUAAAUACUAAAUAUUGACUUAAGAGAAUUAAGAAUUUAAAUUAAAAAUAUAUUAAAAAAUUAAUGAUUAAAGAUUAGCUACUUUAAUUUAAAAAUUAUUGACUUGCAGUUAAAUAAAAAAAAUAACAUGUAGGAAAUAAAUUAUUUAGGGUAAUAUUGUUUAAGAAUCUUAUUUAUUUAUGUAAAGAAGCUAUAUAGAAGUAUUGAGAAUGUAUAAAAAUACUUAAAGUUUAGAAUGUUAUAGUCUAUUUAAUGUAUUUUCAGAUAUUUUAUAAGAAAUGUAUAUAUUAUAAUUGAUUUAGACCAUUAAUAAAUAGGAACUCCCUACUAUUAUGCAGAAAUUAUAAUUAUGUAAUUGAUCUUAUGGCCAGAUCAUAAUAAGCUAUUAAAGGAAUAGUUGAUUAGAUUGAUGAAAUCUUAUAAUAAGAUACUAGUUCUUUUAAAUUUCAAAUAUUAAAUUCAAGUUCAUUAGAAUUUUAGAAAUUACUAAAUGAAUCUUUGUUAGUAUAUUCAUUAACAAGGAGGAAUCCAUGUUAACAAAUGAGAAAUUUUAAGUUAGAAUAUAAAUCUGAGAAAGAAGAAAAAUUUUUUAAAUAUUUAUUAAUUAUAUCGAUAACAAAUUUGGCUUUUUUUAGAAGUGAUUUUAAAUCCAUGAUAAUGGCAGUAGGUGAUAUCUAAUCAUAUGGUGUUUAAAACAUUUUAAGAAUAAUCUUGCAUUAUUACCUUAAGAACUUAGUUCCUACUUUUAAUUUAGAUUAUUAAUCUCCAUUAAAAUUAAUUGUUUUUAAUUUAGUUGUAAGUGAUAGAAACUUCAUUACUGUAUUAUGUACAUAUUUAAUCAAAUUUACCAAUUCUUAGGAAGCAUAUAAUAGUAUACUAACAUUAAGUGGAUUAGAAAGUUUAGAGUUAAAAUUAAUUUUAUAAAAUAUUUUAAAAAGAGCAAUUUUAAAUUAUAUAAUUUUUUCAUAACGAGGAAAUUAUAAAUUCUACAGAGGAUAAUAAAGCUAUUGGAAAAUUUUAAAUAAUGAAGCAUCUUUGUAAUAAGUUGAUAUUGCAUACAUACAAAUUUAUGCUUUUCUGUUUAAAGAUGUUGGAAUAAAUGAUAUUAUUUAGUGUUUUAACGAAAUAGUUUAAUAUCUUGGAAUAUAAGCAAAUUUAACUUUUUUAAUAUGUAAAAUUGCUUAAACAGAUUAUGAUUUAAUAUCAUGUACAGAAAGUAUUAUUGGAUAUGAUUAAAAUGAAUAAUUUUUAAAAGGAUUAGCUAAAUUAUUUUAAACAAUAUUUUAUUCUUAAACUUUUUUUUAAUAAGAUGAAAUGAAGAGGAUUCUAAAAGAAUUAAGUUAUUAAAAUUAAAAUGACUUAGAAACAAUUAUUUUGAGUUCUUGUGAAAUUAAUUAAGAUAAUGGGUAACUUUAAUUAAAAAAAGAAUUAUAAUUUUAUAUUUAUGAACCAAUGUAUGCAUUAUAAAAUAAUAGAAUAAAAGAAAAAAUAAAUGAUUAAUUAUAAAUGAAAAAUGAUAAAUUUGCUGAAUUGUUUGGAUCUUCCUUAGAAUAUGAAUUACAAUAUUACAAAACCACACAAUCAACUCUUACUAAUAUUAGAUUUGAAAUAAUAAAUUCAAUCUCAUAAGAUUAAAAUUAAUAUUUAUUGAAAACAAUCUUAAAAGAUUUACAAAACAAUUUCUAAUUAAAUAAUGAAUGUUAAUAAAAUGUAGAUUAAUCAAUUAAGAUUUUAUAAGAAAAUGCAAUUUACAUAAAUUUAUUAUAUUUAUCUAAUUUAUUUUUUAAAAGUAACAAUUCUAUAAUUUAGGAAAAUUUGGAUAAAAUUUUGCAUUACUGCUAAACAUUGAUUUUAAAUUAAAACUUAAAUAACACUUAAAAAUUAUUUUUUUAAGUUUAUUGUUAAAGAUUUUAAAAAUAAAAAUUAGAUUAGUAAUCUAAUGAACAAGUUUAAUAAUCUUAAUCUAAAAAAAAUCACAAAUACAAGCAAGAAUUAAAAUAAAAAUUUAAUCAAAUGAAAGAAAAUUUUAAUAACAAAAAUAAUUUAUUUACUAAAGACUUUGAUGAAAUAUGUUUAUUAUGUAAACUAGCAUUUGAAUAAAAGGAAUUAUAAUAUUAGCCGAUACUGAUUCAGUAUUCAAAUAUUCAUGAGCAUUUAAGAUUUAUGUAAACUUAUCCUACUCCAUAUACUAAUAUUAUGUGUACGCAUAUUUCAAAUUGUAAUCAUAUAUUUCAUAUUGAAUGCUUAUAAAAAUAAAUGUUUGUUUCAAUACAAUCUUAUUAGAAAUGCCCUUGUUGUUAUUCACCAUAUAAUUUUAUUUUACCAAAUCCAUAUUAAAUCAAAAAUAUUGAAAUUAAACAAUUUGAAUAUGCUGUUGAAACUUUUAUUGAAUCACUCUCUCCAUAAAAUCAAUCAAUUGUUGAAAAAAAUUAUUAAAAAAAGGAUUUUGAUAUUUGUUUAUUUCUUGAUGAGAUUUUAUCUUAAAUCUUAUGCAAUUUAAUUUUCUAGUUAUUAAGUGAUUUAAAAACAUUUUUAGAAAAGAGUUAACAUCAUUUUCUCUAAAAAAUUAUUUAUAUGUUGAGAUUGUUAAAUCAAUAUUAGGAUGAUAAGAUAGUUGAUUUAAUCAAAAUAGAUGAAAAAGAAACAUUAUUUAAAAUUUUAAAAACUGUCUAAAUUCAUCUUAUUAAAGAGUAUAAUCUUUAUUAAUUUGAGUAAAAUCUUUUAAUAUUAUUAAAUCCUUAAUUUGAAUUGGCUAAAGUAUUAUUUCAAGUAUUUACAUAAAAACAAACCACCUAUUAAAUUAAUCAAAAAUAAUUUUUAUUACCUUAUGAUAUUUAAAAAAUUAAAGAAACAUUUAAAUCUUAGAUGUUAAAUUUCUUAACAAAAUAAUUUAGUUCAUUUUUAGAUAAACAUUGUUUAUCUCCAUGUUAAAAGAAAAAAUGCUAAAUUACUAAAAUAUAUUUAUAGGUUGAAUUUAAAGGAUAUUACAUAUGUCUAAUAUGUUUUAAGAAAAUGUGUUCCGAAUAUUGUGGAGAACUUAAUAAAGUAUUUUAAUAUUAUUAUUAAGAAACUACAAGGAAAUCUCUAGAGACAUUGUAUCAAGAAACAUUAAGGUAAAAGUAUAUAUCUGAAAGUUGAAAACGCUUAAUUAAUAUUGAUGCAUUCUCCAGCUUAUAUAUUUAUGUCAAAUAGUUUAUUUUAAGAUCGAAUUGGUGAUUCUCCAAUUAAGCGUCCCUAGCCAUUAGUUUACUAUGAUAAAUUUUAAAUAAAUAUGAAAAUUGUUGAUUCAAUAGUUGAUAUUAUAAUAGAAGAAAAGUAUUUAAAUAGAUUAAAUACAGACUAGAAAAAUAUUUAAACAAAAGAAAUAUGA